AUGGAGAGAAAAGAUUAGAUUAGGGUAGCUACUGACUCAGAAAAGACCAAACAACAGGCACCCAGCACUAAGAAACCUAUACUUAGAGAGGGCAAUAAGGCAUAUGAUAUAGAGCGACCAUUCUUUGACAAUCAGGAAAUCAAGAAGCCAUUAGCUGACGUCAGGAAAUAUUUAUUGCAGAAAAUUUAAGAUGGAGAUGAUUAACUUAUGAUUGGAAGUCUUCCUACUUUGGGGUAUUUAGAUGAUACUGAUGUCAAUCCAGAAGACCAAGAGACUGUGAUUCUCGCUAGCUACCCUAGAUCAGGAAAUACCUUGCUUAGAGCUUAUAUUGAGAGAAUAAUGGGAUUUGUGACUGGUUCAGAUUGCGAUAUUGAAAAGAAAUUAAAUAAAGAGUUGAUGAUGAUGGGUUUGAAUGGAGAAGGUCUAGUUGAUAAGAGAGUCCUGGUGGUCAAGACUCACUAUCCAGAGAGGUAUGGCAAGACAAAGUUCUAUGCAGAGAAAUGCAUCUUGGAAGUUAGAAAUCCAGUAGACGCAGUAACAUCACUAUUCAAUAUGGUGUGUACAGGUUCUCAUAACAAGUCAAUGCACCCAGGUGACUAUGCUAAAUUUUCAAAGGAAUGGAAUGAAUUUAUCGAGUAGGAGAUCACAGUCUGGAAAGACUUCCACGAUUUCUGGCUUAACGCUAAGAUCCCAGUCCAUCUCAUCCGUUUCGAAGACAUACUUACUGACCCGCGUCCUACUAUGAUAAAAUUGUUCAAGUUCAUACUGAACACUUCACACAUCGAGGGCACCGUGAUUGAGAAAUAUAUAGAUCUGGCGGUCAAGGAAAAGGCUCCAGAGAUUUACAAACCCCGAGAAGGACGUGUUAACACCAACAUGGAUAAGUUCAAUCGUGAGCAGCUAGACUUUAUGUAUAACUAUGCGAAGGAGUAGCUAUAGUACUUUGGCUACGACGACACUUACACUCUGAACAAGCUAGGUCUAAACUCCAAGUUCAUAGAUGAUUUCAACAACCAAAACUUGGAGAAGUCGAUAUUUAUAUAGCAGGAGGCUGAUGAAAUCACAUCCAUAUUCAUUAACUACCCAGCACUGCUGCUGAGAAAGAAGUCAAUGUUGUAUCCCGAAGGCAGGACAUCGUAUAGAUUUAAAAGAGCACUUAGAAAAAAGGUAACUAUCUUAGAUAAAGCUACCCAGCACAAGCCAGGUGAAGAUAGCAAUAGUGCUGAGUAAAGUAAACAAUGA